GCAAAACAGCCCAAUUAAGAAAUCAGAUAACAACCUUCACUCAAAAAGAAGGGGAGUCAUUGUAUGAUGCAUGGGAGAGGUACAAGGAUCUUCUAAGGAUGUGUCCACAUCACGGGUUAGAGGAUUGGCUCAUAAUUCACACUUUCUACAACGGUCUUCUCUACAACACAAGGAUGACCGUGGAUGCUGCAGCGGGUGGUGCAUUGAUGAACAAAAGUGUACGAGAUGCAAAACAACUCAUAGAGGAUAUGGCACAGAAUCAUUUCCAGUGGUCAGGAUUGACACGAUUGACAUGGUGGUUAGAGAAGAUUUUACCAGAGAUAUCUCAAGUGAUCCACUUGAGAAAUGUUUAGUAAAGAAUGGGGUACCAGAUGAUGAUGAUCAGGAAAUAACUUCCUAUGUUACAAUGCUUGAUGAAAAGCCAACCUACACCAAAACCACCUACAUCAAAGAACCUGAUAUAGUGGUCGAAAUUACAAGGGGGCUGAAUGACCAGGUUGUGUCUGUAAACACAGCUGUGUCAAAAAGCAGCAGAAACAGCCCAGAACAGGUUUGUGAAGAGAAAACUGCACCUGGGAAGAUGCUGAAUAAUGAUUCCACACGGCCAUGGUGUGUUCGUAGACACAGUCGUGUCAAAAAGCAGCAGAAGAAGUCUAGAACCAGUCCAUCUCCACUAGUUGAAGAGGAACAUAAGGCACAUUAG